UCGCGGGGGAUUGGUGGACUUGUGGCGUGGUGUAAGGUGUUUAUUACGUGUUAUUGUUGUUAACAAUUAAGGUUGAGUGUCAAAUGUGAGUGGAUAAACAAAUUGUGAUGUCGUACUCGGUGAAUAUAUCGGUGGAGGCGCCGAUCGAGAAUCAGAUUCAGGAGAUUGCUUACGAUGGACAGGAGAUCUAUCAAGCACCUCUCACCCUCUCGGAGAACCUCGCAAAGAUCGCCCAGAAGAUCGACUUCAGUAAACCCAACGGCGAGGAGGCUCGAAAGGAGACGACCCCCGAGAACGGUGACAAGAGCGAAGAAGAUUCCCGCGAUUCCACGUCCUUCCAGGCGUCCCUCUGGCCCUGGGACAGCGUCCGUUCAAAGCUCCGAAAUGCCCUAACCGAGGUCUGCGUCCUUGCAGACGUCCUGGCAAUCGCAAAAGAGAAGCGCUACAUGGUCCUGGACCCAGUGGCUCAGGAGCCCCCCGAAGUGAAACCGAUGGUUCAGGUCUACGCGCGUAAGAAAGCCUUGGCAGGUGCAGCCUCAGUCCUGAUGAUGGGUGCAGAGAGGCUCAGAAACUCGCAGAACGAGCUCGCACGCAACCGCACAACCCCAGACUUCCACAUCGAGCUGUUACGACUCCGCCAGAAUUGGCGCCUGAAGAAGGUCUCCAACUCGAUAAUCGGGGACUUGAGUUACCGAACCGCGGGCUCCAAGUACACCCAGACAGGGAUGUUCGAGGUGACGAAGGCAGAGGAGGAGGACAAGCCACAGACGAGUCCCCCAGCGUCGCCAAAUCCAAACGCUCCAGUCCCCCAAUCACAAGUGCACAGUCCAAAGGCCUCAGCCCUUCGUGUGACGAUUCCCAGUGAGCUCCAGGGUGUCGCUUACAUCGAGGUUCUGUGCCAAAAGGACCAGGAGGAUCUCUGCAGCGCCAACAUCAACCUCCUCAACUCCAGCACAGCCUCUUCGAACGCUGACAUGCACUGGCAGCAGAAGCUCGAGGCUGCGCAGAAUGUUCUGUUCUGCAAGGAACUGUUCAGCCAACUGGCGAGGGAGGCUGUCCACCUGAGGGCUCCCAUUCCCCACAUGGUGGUGGGUAACCAGAUAAUGGCUACAGUCCUCCCUGGGAUUCAGCUGAUCAUUGGGCUGUGCCACAGCACUGGGAAUGACAAGAAGGCCAGUCCACCACCUCACAAGUCUGAUCACGAUCAUGUUCUGGAGCACUCGCUGCAUCAGCUGUUGAGAGAGGUGCAUCAUAAAAAUACUCAUCAUCCUUUUCCUCAUCCAUCCUCGGGGCCUCUGGGGCCCAGCAAGCGGAGGUGUCUUGCUGGUCCCACUGCUGCUGAUAGGUAUGAGUUGAUUGAGAUGACCAAGAGCCAGACGUUGCUGGAGCAGAUCAUCCAGCAGGCACAACACUUUUUUAUGAGAAUCAGGACUGAGUAUGUCUUGGAUACGAUUGCUAAGGAAGUCAAGGAUCCUCUGAUUGUUUCUCAUUGGAAUGCACUCAAUUCACCGACCCAGUCCUCUGUCAAGAUCAGUAUAUGGACGAAUGGGUAUGAUGCGGUCUGUCGGACUUCUUUGGUCGUUCAUGUUGGGGAGAAGUCACUCAAGUGCGUCUGCAAGGACGGGAGAGUCAUGCAUAUGAGCUAUGAACCUCAGGAGCUGAGGGACUUGAUUGUUUGUCAGAUUCACCAGCAUCAGAUCAGUGCGGUGCAGAGUCUCGCCAAGUGCAUGGGCUGGCAGUUCCUCGCGAAUAGCUCGCAUCUGGGGUUGGGGGCUGUCGAGCCACUGGGAAAUGCUAGCAGCUGCAUUCUUGCUUCUCCGAUUGGCGAUAGGAUGAUUGCCGUCCGUUGUGAGCCUCAAACGGGCGUUCAGGUCGCAAUUGCUCACGCUCCACGUAAAGACUUCUUCCCCGGACAAUUAGUACGCGAGAGGAAAUGGGAGAACCUAGGUGGAUCAUUCAAGGAGGUACGAUGGGAUAAAAUGGAGGGGAAGAACUUUCUCAACAAGAUGGAAUUGCUCAUGGCCUCGCUCACCAGCUCAUAACUCAAUUUGCAAUUUAUUAAUUACCUUGAACCAAUGAUUGAGCCCUCCUCGAUCUUCUCAAUGACUAUUUAAUCUCCAAUCAAAUGUACAUAAAAAAUGCAGAAUUAAAGAAAAAACUGAUUUUAUUAUGAAAAACUUGAAAAAUACCAGACUAUUCCACAAAAUCUGUCUCCUCGAAUCAUUCAAAUAA